CUUCACUUCCUUUUUGGCUGCAUUUCUACAUUUUUCAUGUUGCCUGCUAAAGUAACAGUCAUUUGUGACAGGAAGUGAGCACUGCAUGUGAACUUCUGUCUUAAACGAGUAAUUCCAGCAUCUAAAAUGCCACAGGCAUCGAAGAUCAUUCUCCUGCUGUUAUUUGGACAAUAUGUCCACUCUCAGGAGGAAUGUAUAAAAUCAGUAGUGGUGUCAUGUAACGACUGCAUUAAAUCUGGACCAGGAUGCACCUGGUGCAAGAAGUUGAAUUUCACCAAGCCAGGAGAGCAGGAAGCAGUACGAUGUGAUACCCAGAAGAAGCUUAUAGAGAAAGGCUGCCCAGUAGGGGAUAUAAUCAACCCAUUGAGUGACUCGAGAAACAUUCAGAACAAACCACUGAAAAAUGCUACGGGGGAUAAUAAAACACCAGUUCAGUUGCAACCCCAAGAAAUUGAAGUCGAUCUGCGACCAGGACAUGCCUACACAUUUGAGGUCAAAUUUAAAAGGGCAGUGGGUUACCCUGUUGAUCUGUACUAUCUAAUGGAUUUGUCCUACUCAAUGGGUGAUGACUUGAAUAAUGUGAAAAACCUGGGAAUACAGAUACUUGAGAAGCUGCAGAGCAUAACUGGAAAUGCAAGAAUAGGCUUUGGCUCAUUUGUUGAUAAAACGGUUCUUCCAUUCACGGACACAGCAGAGGAGAAGUUAAAAAAGCCUUGUCCAGCCGCCGAAGAGAAAUGUCAGCCAGCAUUUGGCUUUCAGCAUGUCCUUAGUCUAACAAAUAAUAAGGAAACAUUCACUACUUUAGUCUCCCAACAGAAUAUAUCUGGCAAUUUGGACAUCCCGGAGGGAGGUCUUGAUGCCAUGAUGCAAGUUGUCACUUGUGUGGAUCAGAUUGGCUGGGGAAACAGCACACGGCUGCUGGUGCUGGCCACUGAUGCUGGGUUCCACAUGGCAGGUGAUGGGAAACUUGCUGGCAUCCUGGAACCCAACCAAGAGACUUGUCAGCUGAAUAAAAACAACUUGUAUAGCAAGAGCAACACCUGGGAUUACCCAUCUGUUGGUCAGAUUGCAAGGAAGUUGGAAGAGCAAAAUGUGCAACCUAUUUUUGCUGUAACCGAAGAUGUGUCACAGAUAUAUAAAGAGCUGAGUAAACUAAUUCCUAAAUCAGAAGUUGGAGUACUAAGUAAAGAUUCAAACAAUGUGGUAAAUCUAAUUGUGGAAGCAUACAAUAAACUCUCCUCUAAUAUAAUUAUAAGCCAUGAUGGACUCCCAGAAGGCAUAUCAGUAACAUUCACAUCUAAUUGUCCUGAAGGACAAAAGUCUAGUGAUAAGGGGAUAUGCAAUAAUGUCGCCAUUGGUCAGGAGGUGAUUUUCGUUGUGACUGUAAAGGCAGCACAGUGCCUUGAGAAAGCGACUUUCAACAUAAGUCUUUUGGGGUUCAAUGAAAAACUAAAGGUUGAGGUUAAAACACGAUGUGAGUGUGAAUGCGACAAUAAGGCUAUCACGCAUGAGUACUGUAAUAACCAGGGCAAAGUUGACUGUGGCAUGUGCAGCUGCAAUUCUGGUUACCUGGGGCAGCGGUGUGAGUGCAAAUUGGGCGAGAAAGAUGAGGCCGCCCUGAAGGCUCAGUGCCACAAAGAUAACGGGACAGAGUGUGAGGGCCGUGGAGACUGCGAGUGUGGAUUGUGCAAGUGCCAUCAAACCGAGGGGGGCAAAUCCUACUAUGGUCUUCACUGUGAAUGCGACGAUGAACACUGCGAAAAGUACCAAAACAAACUGUGUGGAGGUAAUGGGGAUUGCAGGUGUGGAGAAUGUAAAUGCCAUGCAGGCUAUGAAGGAACAGCCUGUCAGUGCAGGAAAUCUGAUGAAAGUUGCCUGACAGGAGAAACCGUGUGUCAUGGACGUGGUAAAUGUGUGUGCAACCAGUGUAUUUGUCAGAGGGGAUACAAAGGACUCAGGUGUGACAAUUGUCCCACUUGUGAAUUACCAUGCCAAGAGUCGGGGCGCUGUGUUGAAUGCAUGGCAUUUGGAACAGGGCCAUUUGAGAAGAACUGCUCAGCGUCCUGCAAACACCUUCAAGUUUCAGUCGAGGAAAAACUGGCAAGAAAGGAGUGUCUAGUGAAGGACAGCCUGGGUUGCCGUAUCGUCUUCUCAAUGACUGAGCUAGACGGAUUUGACAAAUAUUCUGUGAAAGUCCUCAAGGACAGGGAAUGUCCGCAGGGGCCGAAUGUUGCACUCAUCGUGGGCUCAUCUCUUGCUGGUGUGGCACUGAUUGGACUUUUACUCCUCAUCAUCAUUAAAGCAAUAUUUUAUUUAAAAGACCUCAAAGAGUGGAGGAGGUUUGAAAAGGAAGCGCAGCGCCGUCAAUGGGCAAAAAGUGAAAAUCCAUUAUUCCAGAAGGCAACCACAACUGUGGCAAAUCCAGCAUUUACUGGAGACUCUUAAGUCCACAUUUUUGCACCAUCCACUAUGCUGGAUAAUUAACACUGUUGCUUGAACACCUGACCACAGUAAUCAGGGUUCUGUAGCCCAUGGGACUUGGAUUGGGAUCCUCUGAGGAUUGAUCUGUGGCUGUGAAAUUGUAUUUCGCUCAUGUGUUAUCGCAUAUUCAGCAUAUCCAUAUUUAGUGUUUUAAUCAUGCAUUGCUAAACUGCAAUUCAGUAUUAGUUCCAUGUAUAUAAUUGACAGCUAUGACUUUUAUGUAUGAUCUCUUGUGUGUACUAGUAAUUUCAUGUGUGUGUAAAGCAAAAUUAUUAUUAAAUAAAAUGUCCGAGUCGAAA